CUUUCUCAAUUCCUUCUCUAGAGACCGCCCUAUUCCUUCUCACAUCAUAUCCGCAGCCGCCGUCAUGUCUGCUCCCGCCCACAAGUUCAAGGUCGCCGACAUCAGCCUCGCGGCCUUCGGUCGCCGCGAGAUCGAGCUCGCUGAGAAUGAGAUGCCCGGGCUCAUGGCGACCCGGGAGAAGUACGCCCAGGAGCAGCCAUUGAAGGGCGCCCGCAUUGCGGGAUGCUUGCACAUGACCAUCCAGACCGCCGUCCUCAUCGAGACCCUGAAGGCGCUCGGUGCCGAGCUCACCUGGACGUCCUGCAACAUCUUCUCCACGCAGGACCACGCCGCCGCUGCCAUUGCCGCCUCGGGCGUGCCCGUCUUCGCCUGGAAGGGCGAGACCGAGGAGGAGUACAACUGGUGCCUCGAGCAGCAGCUCACCGCCUUUAAGGACGGCAAGAGCCUGAAUCUGAUCCUCGACGAUGGCGGUGACCUUACCGCGCUGGUACACAACAAGUACCCGGAGAUGCUCAAGGACUGCUACGGCGUGUCAGAAGAGACCACCACCGGCGUGCACCACCUCUACCGCAUGCUGAAGAACAAGGGCAAGGGGCACGGCCUGCUCGUCCCGGCUAUCAACGUCAAUGACUCCGUCACAAAGUCCAAGUUCGACAACCUGUACGGCUGCCGAGAAUCGCUCGUCGACGGUAUCAAGCGUGCCACCGAUGUUAUGAUCGCCGGCAAGGUCGCCGUCGUUGCCGGAUACGGUGAUGUCGGCAAGGGCUGCGCCCAGGCUCUCCACGCCAUGGGUGCCCGCGUCAUCGUCACCGAGAUCGACCCCAUUAACGCCCUCCAGGCCGCUGUCUCUGGCUACCAGGUCACCACCAUGGAGGAGGCCUCUUCUCAGGGCCAGAUCUUUGUCACCACGACUGGCUGCCGUGACAUUCUCACUGCUAGGCACUUCGAGGCCAUGCCCAACGACGCCAUUGUCUGCAACAUCGGUCACUUCGACAUCGAAAUCGACGUUGCAUGGCUCAAGGCCAACGCGAAGUCGGUCCAGAACAUCAAGCCGCAGGUCGACCGCUACCUCAUGAAGAGCGGCCGCCACAUCAUCCUCCUCGCUGAGGGCCGUCUCGUUAACCUGGGAUGCGCCACAGGCCACUCCUCCUUCGUCAUGUCCUGCUCCUUCACCAACCAGGUCCUUGCCCAGAUCAUGCUGUACAAGGCCGACGACGAGGAGUUCGGCAACAAGUACAUCGAGUUUGGCAAGACCGGCAAGCUCGACAUUGGCGUCUACGUGCUGCCCAAGAUUCUCGACGAGCAAGUCGCUCUGCUGCACCUCGACCACGUCAACGCUAAGCUCUCCAAGCUCACCGAGGUCCAGGCUGAGUAUCUUGGACUGCCAAUCGAGGGUCCGUUCAAGAGCGACAUCUACCGUUACUAGAUUUCUCUGCGUCUACUUUAGAAGUUUCAACACGACGUUAUGAAUUGGGAUGAUACCAUUUCGAAGAAAAGUUCUUGUCUUCAACGGCAUAGCAUUUGAAAAGACGGGGAUCUGGGGUUUUAUCUGGGCUACAUGGCGUUUGAUGCGUAUCGCCGGCUUGACCCUUCAACCUUGGUCAAGACAAAAGGUGACCGUUUUUUUGGUAAGAGUCUUGGAGGAGGACAAGGAGGGACUCAACAAUGAAGGGACGUUCUUACCGGCUUGCCGGUAGAGACCCGUUGGCCGUACCCUAGGGUCGAGUAAUCAAGAUAAGAGAGGGUUCCACACCCACACUCUUAAGAGCUCAAAAUGGUUACCACUUAGCGUGCGGAUGUUCAACCUACUGACCCAUGUCACUCCGACUAUCUGAAUUGCGAGCCCGUCGGUAAAGGUCCUGUCCACAGCACCUUUGGUGUCAAUGUCUGCACCCCAACUCGACUGCAAACCG